AUGGGAAUGAACUUCCAUCUCUGGCUAAAACAUGGAGACUCAAAGGUCAGCUUUGGGCUAAAUCUUCCUACUCGUAAGGAGCAGAAUACAGUGACAUAUAAUGAUGUACAUGUUGACAUCACUCAUGAUGAAUGGGCAUUGUUGGAUCUGGCACAGAGGAAUCUCUACAAAUAUGUGAUGCUGGAGACCUAUAUGAACCUCAAUGAUAUAGGCUACAGUUGGGAAGAUCUUGAAGUUGAAGAACAUUGUCAAAGUUCUCAAAAACAUGGAAGGUACGAAAGGAGUCAUACUACAGAGAAGUCAUAUGAACAUGCUCAGUGUGGUAAAGCCUUUGUAAAUCACAGUCAUCCUCCAAGUCAUGUUCAAGAGCAUGAAAGAACACAUACUGGAGAGAAACCUUAUGAAUGUAAUCAGUGUGGUAAAGCCUUUGCUCGUCACAGUGCUCUUAAAUUGCAUGAAAGAAUACAUACUGGAGAAAAACCUUAUAAAUGUAAUCAGUGUGGUAAAGCCUUUGCUCAAAAUGGUGCUCUUCAAAGGCAUGAAAGAACACAUACUGGAGAAAAACCCUACCAAUGUAAUGAGUGUGGUAAAGCCUUUGCGCAGCCCAGUCAUCUUCAAGGACAUAAAAGAACACAUACUGGAGAGAAACCCUAUGAAUGUAAUCAAUGUGGUAAAGCCUUUGCACAGUCCAGUGAUCUUCAAGUACAUAAAACAACACAUACUGGAGAGAAACCCUAUGAAUGUAAUCAAUGUGGUAAAACCUUUAGUCGUCGCAGUAAUCUUCAAAUGCAUAAAAGAACACAUACUGGAGAGAAACCAUAUUUAUGUGAUCAGUGUGUACUCUUCAAAGGCAUGAAAGAAGACAUACUGGAGAGAAACCCUUUGAUUGUAAUCGGUGUGCCCCCUGCAUAUGGCCUUAGAGGGAAGGCAGCAGAAGGCUCCAUGGUUGCCAGUUUGGCUUUGAUCCCCAACGCUGGUAACAAGCCAAAGACCCAGAGUGUCAUGACUGUGUUGGUGGUGGUAAGCAGUGCAGUGCUGGUGUACUUCUAG